CUAAAGAACAGAGCCUAAAUAAGCCAAGGGUAUGCCCCACAAUACGGUGAUUCCAACUUUAUUACCGUUACAUAUUAUAAUACCCACACUUUCAUAAAAAAACAACAAAACCAAAUCCAUCUUAUUCAGAUGAGCAGCACACCUCUCAUCUCUCUUCCCAUCUCACUCUACUAAAACACUAACCAAACCACUCUUUCUUCCAAAAAAAUCCCAUAAAAAUGGCAGAAUACGAAACACAAAAUAAUCAAGAACCCACAAUAAUCCCAAAAGAAACCGCAAUUCAAACCUUAAACACAAUAAUCCAACUCCAUUUCGAAAAAACCCUUGAAAAAAAACGAGCAGUAGACCACCAAAAGAAGCAACUUUGGAAGCUCUUUCAACAUUUCUUCCUCUUCCUUUCCUUAGUAUUCGCUUCGCUUUCGCUUAGCACUCGCCUUCAAUGCCGCCAUUCUUGGAUCCCCAUUUCACUCCUCUCCUUUUCUCACCUCAUCUUCUAUGUAUCUGUUGCACAAACUCUUAGGUGCAUCAAUGCUUUCAAGUAUCAAAGAAGAUGUCAUAAGCUUACUCUUGGUCUUGCUACUGAUAAGCUUAGGCAGCUUAAGACGAUCACUAUGAUUAAUAGUGAUGGAGGAAAUCACGCGUCGUUUGGUGUAAUUAAUAAUGUUGAUGACGAGAGUUGCUUUGUUAAUGGGCAGGAUUUUGAAAUUCAUUAUCAAGAACCUCCUGAGAGUUAUUUUGGUAAGUUUAAGAGAAAUUGGGCACUUUAUUUUGGGUUUUUAAUCUUGGUUUAUGGUUUUAUGGUUUCUUCCUCUGUUGUUCUUCUCUGUUUCUAGCAAAAAAAAAUUACUAUUCUUUUGUAUUAUUGAUUCGGAUUUUGUUUCUUUAUUGGGUAAUUAAAUUAGUAAAAAAUACAGAUGAGUACUCGUAUUAA